AUGAAUCCACUCAACUUUCUUGCUUGCCUUGCGGCCUUCCUCACCUUCACGGUCCUCUCCACUGCCAAUCCGUUGAACGUUCGUACCGGCGGCGUCCUCACUGUUGCCAAGGAUGGUCCUCCUGCUGGUUAUACAUUUGGCAAGUUGACUUAUCAUACUCACUGCCAUGCCCAAGUCAAGGCUCAAUACCCUGAGUUCCAGCUUCCCGUCCAUAAUGCCACCAAGUUCAAUGAGCUUAAGGCCGCUGCAACAAAGGCCCAUACCACUCUCGCUACUGCAUCCGGUGUUGACCGUCGAUCCCCUGUCUUCGGAGGUGAUGGCUGGCACGCAUACUGCAACCCAGUUCCAGGCCAACCUUGGCUCCUCGCCAACGAGAUGAACCUCGAUUACACUCUCUACUUCUGGCAAGGUGUUAUCAGCGAGUACUACACCAUCAAUGGCAUGACCUGUGCUCUGUGGGACUGCAACCUCGGAGCUGGAUGGACAGUUUGCAACGGUGGCGGUGAUACUCAAACACUCACUGAAGACUCGAUGACCUACUAUCCUUUCAUCCUCAUCAACAGCUGCGGAAGCUUUUUCAAGGACUUCAAGCCAGCCAAUGGCGGACAAAUCUUCUGGGAGUCUGCUAAUCUCAAUUACAUUGCUGCUGGCAACUGGAAUGGAUGCUGGGGUGAAACUUUCAUGUGA